GCUUCUUCUUCAGAGGGAUUACAGUUUCCUGAAAGAAAUCAAUGUCUGGCAUCCCUUUGUCAUCAUUGGAGUUUAUUCAUCAACAAUUUCCGCUGCAAUGAGCAAUCUCAUCGGAGCUUCCCGCAUCCUCUAUGCUUUGGCAAAGGAUGACUUAUUUGGUACGGUACUGUCUCUAGCUAAGAGAACAUCCCACAGUGGCAAUCCCUGGGUCUCUGUGCUUAUAUCCUGGUUUCUUGUGCAGUUGGUGCUGUUUUCAGGAAAGCUUAACACCAUUGCCAGUAUUGUGACCAUUUUCUUCCUGCUGGUGUAUGCUGCGGUGGACUUGGCUUGCCUUGCCCUGGAAUGGGCCUCUGCACCUAAUUUCAGGCCCACCUUUCGUUACUUCACCUGGCAUACGUGUGUGUUGGGCAUCAUUGGUUGUGCCAUCAUGAUGUUUCUAAUCAACGCCAUUUAUGCCUCUGCCAGCAUAGCCUUCAUGCUGCUCCUGCUCCUGCUGAUUCACUACCUCAGCCCCACAUCCAGCUGGGGAUACAUCAGCCAGGCUCUCAUUUUCCACCAGGUCCGUAAGUACCUUCUGAUGCUCGAUGUCAGGAAGGACCACAUCAAGUUCUGGAGGCCUCAGGUCCUCCUGAUGGUUUCCAAUCCUCGCAGCGCUGUCGGCCUCAUCACCUUUAUCAACGACAUUAAAAAGAGCGGCCUUUAUGUCCUGGGACACGUCCAACUCGGAGACCUCAGCACUUUACCGUCUGACCCCCUGCAGUCCCAAUAUGACUCCUGGCUCGCUCUGGUGGACCAUCUAAACAUCAAAGCCUUUGUCAACCUGACACUGGCUGAUUCUGUACGUCAUGGUGUCCAGCAUCUCCUCUUCAUCUCUGGACUGGGUGGGAUGCGGCCUAACACCUUGGUGCUUGGUUUUUAUGAUGACUGUCUUCCAAAGGACAAGCUGAUCGAUCCCUUCCUGUCAUCCAGCGAGUCCACAGACACUUGCAGCAAUUCUCAGGAGCUUGAGCAACCUCCUCUCUUCCAUUUUACCUCCCUGAGGGGGUCUAGUGACAGGCAUGAUCAUGGUGAAUUUGGGGACGGGAAGAUUUUAGGCCCUCAGGAGUAUGUUGCAAUUAUUAGUGAUGCCAUGAAGAUGCUAAAAAAUGUGGUACUCACUCGAUACUUCAAUGACUUCGACCGAACCCAAGCCCUCUCACCACCAUCUUCUAGGAAGGUGUUUGUUGAUGUCUGGCCAAUUAACCUCAUGCGGCCGGACAGCAGCAGCUAUGUCGAUACCUGCUCUCUGUUCUUGCUACAGCUAGCGUGUAUCCUGAACAUGGUGAAAGCCUGGCGCAAAGCAAAGCUGCGCCUUUUCCUGUGUGUGGAGGAGGGGCGGAGUGUAAGGGGCUCAGAGGAAAAGCUCGGCCAGCUCCUGAAAGAGCUGAGAAUUAAAGCUCAAGUGCGCACCGUGCCCUGGGACCAGGUCGUGGCGCUACACUGGCAGCGCCAGAGCGGCUGGAACAAGAAGGAGCAGGUCGAGUCCCAGGACUCCACUGCUGAUGGGAGCGUGGAGAGAGCCGUCGAAGAGGAGGAUGAGGAUGAUUACGUUAACAGCUUCCCGAGCAACGCCACCCGUGUGUCAGAUGACUACCUCUCAGCCGUCAAUAGGCUGAUCCUGGAUCAGGCCCAGCCACCUCCAACUGUACGCUUCCUGUACUUGCCCCGCCCCCCAGCCGACACCCGCCGCUACACAGCCUAUUUACGUCAGCUGGAACUACUUACUCAGGAUUUGGGACCCACACUCCUCAUCCAUGGAGUCACUCCUGUCAUUACCACUGACCUCUAAGCUGAUCUUUUCCUGACACGUUCGGUGAGCUGUGCCUUACACACACAGUCAGUGUCCCAUUAAAACAAAAGAUGACUCUCUGCUAGAUAACGACUCCACCAGCACAGCCUCACAUAAUGUUCUGUUUUAGAACUCUUUCUUUUAUAUCUGUGUGAUUUCCUUCCCAUGCUUGUAUCCUCAUCAAGCUCCAGAAGGCCCCUCUUGGUGAACCUGGCUGCAGUUUUUAACACGAUUGUGAUCAAAUGGCAAAGCAGCUCAAAUUCCUCAAAAUGACUAUUCCAUGUUUUCUGAUGGGGAAAAUGUCUUUUCUUGUUAUGAAACUUAAAUGAAACCUUGAAGCAGUCAUUAUUUUUUAUUUUAUUUUAGGAGUUUACAACAAAUAAUAAUCAUGAAAAACUAUAGCAAAGGUGCUACUACUGUUGAAUUUCAAGAGUUUAUUAAUUAUGUCUUGCAUUUCAUUCCAUUUUACUUUUGUCUUCGACAAACUUUGUGGUGCACAGCUUUUCAGAAAAGAUUUUGUUUUACAGCAACAUUAAGCACAGAAAUCAUUCCUGAGAUUUCGCUGAUUUAUUUAUAUACUUUCUAAAGAAACUCGUGAUUUUUAUUUUACCCCAGCAGUAACUGUGUUCUCCAGGUGAUUCAGUCUCUGGCUGUAGUACCUGGAUGCAUUUAAAUAUGUUCUUGGCUCUGCAGCCUCAGUCAUUACCUAAAGUGCCUGUAACAUUAAAAUUAAUUUAUGUAAAUUCUGCCUAUCUGUGUUGACAAAGUGGAAUUUAUUGAGCAGCAUCUGCGAGGUCCAGGUCCAAACCUGGAGAAAACUUCAAUCCUGGAUUUCUGUCUAAGUUGACACACCUUGUUUGUGUUUUGAUAUGCUUCCCUGUCAGCUUACUGCAAAUUGUACUACACUCCCAACAAACUACUGACAUGACUACUGACUGUUUUUUCAAAAUCUUAGUUUUCUUUGUCAAAGGAGAAUAAACAUUUCUAAUGGACACCUUGAAAAAGAAUUAAACCUUCAGUAUUUCAGUUUUUGUUAAAAUCCAGACAUAAACUGUAAAGAUGAUGACUGUAUUAUGUGAACAAAAUAAAUUCCUUUGUGCCUUUUUUUCA